AUGCAAGCCCUGCCUAUCAGUGGAGGAGAGCAAUGCAUUGGAUUUGCCAUCAAUGGAAGCGAGUUUGAAAAGCCAGAGAAUAAUCCAGCCAUCACUUGUUCCUUUCCAGUCGAGAAACUUGAUCUGAACUAUUUCACCGGUCCCCUACCAGCAUUCAUCGGCAAUAUGUCUGCGUUGACAGUAUUGUCAAUUGCCCACAAUUCAUUCUCUGGGCCCAUCCCCAAGGAACUUGGAAACCUUAAGGACAUUCUCGGUAAGCAAAGACAACUGAGAAAUGCUCUAUUGGGACAUGUUAAAUAUAGAACCCCCUAUCAUUUAAUUCUAUACCCCUUCAACAUGACUUGUUGCAGGUCCUUUGGAUCAAAUAAUUUCUCCGGAACACUCCCUCCAGAACUUGGUAACUUAGUCAAUCUCGGGCUAUUUUACAUGGACAGCUGUGGACUCGGUGGAGAAAUUCCUUCAACAUUUGCUAAGCUCAUCAACAUGAAAAUCCUCUAUGCAUCAGACAAUCCUUUCUCAGGAAAGAUACCUUCAUUCAUUGGGAAUUGGAGAAAACUGACUUCUUUAUUUCUUGGAAACAAUAGUCUGUCUGGACCUCUUCCAAGCCAAAAGAGCAAUCAACUUCAGAGUAUAGAUUUGUCUUACAACUAUUUCUCAGGAAGCUUUCCCCCAUGGGUAACCACAAUAUUGCAACUGAGGCUGAAGACUCUUGGCCCAGCAACAUUUAAUGUAACCAGUACACAGAAAUGGGCUGUUAGCAAUGCAGGUUUUUCUCAGAAUUUGAAUCAAUCAUUUGUGGAAACCACCCUUACGCAAGUCUCCGGUGCAGAUUUGACACCAGAGCUUUUCGAGACUUCAAGAGUGUCCCUAGGUUCACUGAGAUGCUAUGGCCUGGGUCUUCAGAAUGGACCUUAUACUGUAACAUUGCAAUUUGCAGAAACGGAUUUUGCUAGCCGCGAUACACAAACUUCACAAAAGGGAACCUCAGAAGGAAGGACUUCGAAGGAGGUAGGUGGGGUUAACAGAGCAGUUCCAAGACCCUUCAAGGUUAAUGUGACCGAGAAUUACCUAGAUAUUCAUCUGUUCUGGGCUGGUAAGGGAACAUGUUGCAUACAUGAACAAGAUCUUACACCAUCUACUCCAGGAAAGAAGAGCAGGACUGGGUUGAUAGUUAGUAUUGCAGUCCCUGUCGGAGUAGUGAUCUUGCUAUUAUUAUUUGCAAUUUUAUAUAUGCGGAGAAAAACAUCAGAAAAAGAUGACGAUGAAGAUCUUCUAGGAUUAGGUCCCCGACCAAAUACUUUCAGUUAUGCUGAGUUGAGCGCUGCAACAGAAGAUUUUAAUCCUUCAAAUAGGCUAGGAGAGGGAGGAUAUUGA